UGGCUGUGUAUUGGCUAGGGCUCGUGGAGGAAGGGAAGGAAGAAGGAAUGGCUGCCUCGGCAUCGAGUCAGUUCAGCGAGAGACUCCACGGAGAGUGCAGGAGACUCGCUUGUCUAAUGUCACUCAAUUUUUAAUCUGUCAAACAAACCGGCAGUUUACAUAUGGCUGCUGCCAUUUUGACUUUGAUUUAAACGGCAGACCUUGUUUAUUUACUUCGUUGACAACGGUCACGAGGAUUGUCGGUAAAAUCAUCGGAAUCCUGAUCGAAGAAGACUUUUGGACUAAACACGGGAACUGUGCGAUGAUGUCGUACGACUAUCCUCAUCCGGUUUCCAGGACAUAUCAGUACAAAAAAGUAAAUAACAAAGCCACUGCUGGAAAGGAAAAGGCGAGCCCGCAUUAACCGCUGUUUGGAGGAAUUGAAGGAUCUAAUGGUGGACGCACUGGAGACCGAGGGCGAAAAUAUCAGCAAGUUGGAGAAGGCUGAUAUAUUGGAACUGACUGUGCGUCAUCUUCAGAGGCUUCAGGCUUCGAGACCAUCGGGAUUGGCUACUUCGGCUACUCCCAGCGAAGAGGCGUCUGCCGAGAGUAGAUGGCAAUCGGGUUUUGGACAUUGUGCUACGGAAGCUUGUAGAUUUUUGGCUGCACUUCCGGGCGAGGCUGCUGAAAAACUUGCCAGACAUCUUGCCACUGGCCUACAGCUCACCCGACAGAUAAACGUUCAGAUGCCGCCACAGAGAGAUCUGGUGUCACCGACCAUCGCCACCUUGGAGAAAACUGCCAAUCUUCUGGUACCUUGUGAACCGAUUACGUCACCGGAUAUUACCACCAGACGAUGCUCCACGCCGAAGAGUGUUUCCUCGUAUUCGGGAACGUCUGAAAAUACUAUUGAGAAUUGUACAAUAGUGAAAGCAGCUUAUGCGUCUCCGCACAGUCUGACCUCUACUUUUAAUCAGGCUGUCAGCAUCGAAACACCCAGCUCGAGUUUGAGUCCGAAAAGAAGCGAGUGUCCGAAUCGUGAAAAGAUAUUUCAAAAUUUGACAAUUAAGAUAAGUAAGACGGAUAUUGACGAGGAGGAGGAGAUUGACGUUGAAAGAGUCGAUGAGAAAGAUCCCAUGUGGAGACCUUGGUAGCACAAUGAUCGUUUGCCAAUUAAACAGUAGAAUAAUUAUCGUUAUGCGUAUCAAAACUUUUAUUAAUUGUCUUACGAACAAUUAAGAAUAAUAUUAAUAGCAGUUAAAACCGAUGUGACUUGAUUCGUAUUAAGAUGCCGUUGUUUAUUAAGUUUUCAAUCAAUUUUCAUAUUUCCUUUUA